GAACUCUUGGAGGAGGCUCGCGAUUUUACCAGAACAACCCUGGUAAACCGAUGCUUCGGGCUGGGGGACCUGGAUUCCCAUCCAAACGACCUCAUUCUGGUCCAGCGCCGAACCACCACCCCGCCGCGAUUGCCCGCUGGCGCGGUCAUAGUCGGGCCCUGCCAGGAUGAGGAGCCAACCAGCCUCGAGCCCUUUCGGCGGGAGUGUCCUGGGACCUCCGCUGAGCUGAGUUGGAGGCCCGACCGUGCUGCCACCCUCGUCGCCUGUUGCGAGACCACCUCGACGUUGGAGCCGAGACAAGUCUAUGUGGUUCGUGGUGGUGUGGCACUUCAGGGCAGACUUGUGGCUUGGCGGUACCCCUGCUACACCAUCACGGAUCUGCAGAUUUAUGAGGCGGUCCUGCCUCCUCCCUUCGUCGCUGUGGCUGAUAACGCCAUCACCUACAGUGACAAGGGACACGGCAACACCCUCAUGGCAGGAGGAGACCUUGACGGAGACCACGUCAUGGUUGCCUUCUGGUGUAAGUUGGUCGACAUCAUGGAGCGAACGCAGUCCUGCGUCGCGCGCCUCGAUGCGCUGCUACAGCUCUAUGAGCAGGAUGUGCUAUCAGCUGUAGUCCCUGGGUGCACGGCCUGGGAAAGUGCAGUGGUUCCGCAACGAGGCCAACAACUGGUGAAGUUCGCCUCGGGGGCAAGCUCCUACAACGCCCGGGGGCACAUCUGUGGCCUACACGAGCGUUUCCUUGCCCGGGCUCUUGAAUCCAGCAGCUCGACGCAGCGAGUGUUGCUGGAUGCCAACGACGUGAUGGGACGCGUCUGGCUGCCUCCGGGCCAGCACAUCCUCGGGGCAGAGGCCGCUCGUCUCCUUCGCCCUCAUCUCCUGGGGUCGGGAGUGCGGCCACACGACAGGAGGCCGGGCUCGCCCUGUCCAGAGUGA